AACACCGUACAAUUAACGCUUAUCGCAAUCAAAAUGAGCAAGGCGUACAAAAAUGUCCCCUGUUAUUUCUCCAUCCUCGUGCUGGGUUUCUAUCUCCUGUUGGCGUACUCGACACAGCUGGUGGAGGAUGACAUGCCACGGCCUGUGAUGGAUGCUGAUCUCAAUAAAGACAACAGAAUAGGCUUCAGCGAAGAAUUGGCUCUGCAGAACCUGUAUACAAUCAUGGGGGACAAGCCUCGAGUGGCCGGCACGGAGUACCACCUGCAGCAGACCGUGGCCGUGCGAGACCUGCUGCUCAACGUCACCAGGAGCGCCACGCUCCCGGUCUCGAUAAUCUGGCAGACUGCUAGUGGUGCCUUCGUAUUAGACCACGAGAUACCUUACCUGGGGUGGUACUACAACGCGUCCAACAUCGUCGCUUUAUUCGAAGGGGAGAGCGGGGUGCAAGCGAACGGCGAACUCGGGUCGACCCUGCUGCUCAACUGCCACUACGACUCUGUGCCUUUUGCGUUAGGGGCAUCCGACAACGUAGCUUUCUGCGCGAUAUUGGCAGAGAUUCUGCACCGCCUGUCCCAGAGGACGACCAAGUUCAAACACAACCUCAUAUUCCUGUUCAACGGCGCCGAGGAGAACGCUCUCCAGGGCGCGCACGCGUUUCUGCAACACCCUUGGGCCCGAAACAUCACAGCCGUUGUCAACCUCGAUGCGGCCGGCAUGAACGGGAAAGCCAAUGUCUUCCAAACAUUGGAUCCACGAAUCGUUCACGCCUACGCCAAAUCCACGAACCGUCCUUCAGCGCAAUCGUUGGGUGAAUUCCUCUUCGGUUCCGGACUUGUGCCUUCCGAUACCGACUUCAGGAUAUGGCGGGACUACGGCCACUUCUACGGCAUCGACAUCGCGUUCACCAAAUGGGGCAACGUAUACCACACACGAAACGAUAACCCCGACAAUCUGCAGCGCGGCGUGCUGCAAGCGGCCGGAGACAUGCUGCUCAACCUCGUCACCAACAUGGCCGACAUGCCUGAACUUGUCGAUAAGGAGGAGCCAGUUACGAUGGUGUACUACGACUACCUGAACAGCUUCAUGAUCGCGUACCCGCUGUGGGCGGCGUACUUAAUCGACGCGCUGUUCGCCGUCAUAGCGCUCAUGAGUGUGGGAUACUACGUGUAUGUCGUCGGCGUACAAAAGUCGACGUUACGUGGCCUAGGAUGGGCGGUGCUGGGCCGCCUGGCGUGCACACUGGCCGCGUUCGGUAUUGGACUCAUAUUCGUGCUUCUUAUGAACGCUACCACCACGCAACUCAGAUAUCUUUUUAAUCAGUGGAUAACCGUCCCGAUCUACUGGAUACCCUAUGUCUUGGUGGCCAUGAUCACAUCUCAACUCUAUGAUGCUUGGAGUAGCAAAAAGUCAGGACUGAAUCGGUCGUUCCGCGCCCUCCAGGCGUCAGCCGCGACGCGUCUAAUCCUCGCCGUGUUGCUCCUAAUCAUGACGUGCGUCCCGGCGCUCACGACCAUGCGCUACGUGAUCUCGGUGCCACUGUUCCUCAUGUCUGUGUUCUCCGUGGUGCCUCUCGCGUUGGCGCGGCAUCUGCGAGUACCCGCAUGGCAACAGCUGGUCGUGGAAAUGCUGGUCUCCGUUCCUGUGCUGAUGUUCUUGUUCACACUAUGUCUCCGUAUCAACGCGCUGAUGUUGCCCGUGAUGGGCCGCAGCGCCGGCAACUCCCCUGACUUCCUCGUGGGGCUGCUCAACCUUGGUCUAGCUGCCCUCGUCACCAGCGCUGUGUCGGGCAUCGAGCUCCUGUUCUCCCGGAAGCGCCUGUGGCUUCCGUUGGGCCUGGUAGGCCUAGCGUCCAUCAUCAUCAUGUUCCUGCCUUUAGCUCCUUACGACGCAUCGGGCACAGGUCUACAGCGGCACUAUUGGUUUCACACAGAAAUAAUCAAUCACACGGUAACGCCCUCGACCAGCGUGUCUGGUGUGGUCGUGACGAAGAUCGACCCCUACACCAUCAGCAGGACGAAGAGAGCGCUGGAAGACUCUGGCCUCAACUACACAGUGAAAGCUGAUUUAACGGAGGACUGCGAACAAUACAUCUUCUGCAACCUACCGAUGUACAGGACCAGGCUGCCCAGUUCCUAUGCGGAUGCCCUGUUCAUCGAAAUGCCUCCUCCCACGGCCUUCACCACGAGGCCCAGCUUACGGCUCGAGAGCAGAGUGUGCUCGGGGACCAACUGCACGCUGCACUUCGCUUUUGACGGUCCGGCGCACAACACGUUGACGCUAUGGUCGCACUCAGGUCCCAUCGUGGCGUGGUCGUUCGACGCGACCACCGACCCGUCGUUCGUACAAAAUGGCCGCCCCGCCUACAACAUCGUGCAGGCCUCCGCUACCUACAGCGAUCCCUACGACACGCAGUACUUCUGGAUUACUCUAGAAGUGCCAGUGGAGCAGCAAUCUCAGCCACUGCUCGACAUAGCGCAGCACGCUCACAUGAAGCAGCAUCCUGAACUCUUCACGCGCGAGUACCAGCAGCUACUCGACGCCGUGCCAGACUACUUCAACAUCGACAGCUCGAUCUCCAUACGGAAUAACUACGCUUUCUAGUUUACCGAGCGUUUCUUACUUUUAAUUGGAACGAGUCAGUAAACGUGUAGAAAUAUCUACGAGUGUCAGUACUGACCGUAAUGCCAAGCAUUUUAACAAUGGGAGCUAGCCCUCAAUUAAAGACAAUAUGGCCUUUAAACAUUAUAAAGAAUAAGUAUCGUUUCUCUUUUGUUGCAAAACGAAUACUAGCAGAAUUCCAAAUAUUUAUUGAUUGUGUUCGUGCAUUUAUAGCUACUAGCUAUUAUAAAUGCAACCAUCGCUCGUACUCUAAGCAAGUCAACUAGCUGUAUACUAUAUUGCUAUUGAACCGUUUGCAGAUAUAAACUGAAAUAGAUACUAAAGAAAAAGCGAUCAAGCCCACUGGUGGCGAAGCCGGGUCUCCAGCUAACGCGGCUGACGUGUUCCACCGCUACACCACCCCGCGGCGGUCGGUCGGGUUACUACUUAAAAAAAACAAAUCAAAAAAUAUUUAAUAAAAUAAUUUGAUUUGUUCCCUACAUCGUUUGCAGAUACCUACAUGUAAUUAUUCUUAUUGAUUCGGUUGUGAUAUAUUAAUCAAUAAUGAAAUUAAGACCUUUAGGCCCACUUGCACCAAUCACUUAACUCAGGGUUAGUGGGCUGUCAUCUGUCAAAUUCCAUAUAAAAUGGUGGGUUAACCCUCUAUUUUAGUUGAUGCAAGUGGCCCUAACUGUGUGACAAGUAAAUUUAAGAAAGUUGCUCAAAUUAGACUUUUAUGCCGGUAAUGUUAGGGGGGUAAUAAGCCUGAACAAAAGAUUUUUCUGCUCCUGCAAUGCGGUCUGAAUAUUAUUUGAACUUCGUGCAAGAUAUUUCAGACUAUUAGAUUUUUGCAUCAGUACGCACACUACUGACCCAUGACUUCUCCCACUGUUAAUUCUCAAAUAACACAUAAAUGUUUUUUUUUCCUUUUUCUCUUAUUCUCUUAAGUAUUGUUUGUUUUCAAUCAUUGCUCAAACUCAUUACUGCUGUAGGUACUUUAAAUACUGAUAUUACUGAUACAUAUGUAGUACUAGAUCUUCAAAUAUAUUUCAAAAUUUUCUGUAACUUUGCACGCAUGUACUUUGCCCAGUUUCUAUCUGUGGAAACUUGUUAUUGGCUCAUUGUUUUUAUGUUAUAAGCCUUAUUGUAACUUUAGCUGUAAG